UCUGAGCUGGAAGGAGCAGGCGAAUUUGAAAGCAAUCACACUCCCACUCCAAGUAUACACAGAUUACAGUUUUAAGUUUACAAGAGAUCGACAAUCGAGAUGGAAAAUCGAAAACGUCCUAGAGAAGAAACUCAGACUGACAGUUUUAGAACCCCGGAGAAGCGAGUGUCCGACGUUUCGUGGCGGCACGUUGACUACAGGGAAUGGGAUGUUGAAGCGACCUGCCGAUACCUUCAGCGACAAGGAUUUGGUCAAUGGGAGAAUGCAUUCCGAGCGGAGAAGAUUACGGGUGUGGGCUUGCCAUACCUCAGCGAAACGCAGCUGGAGAUGAUGGGCAUACAGCCUCUGGGGACGCGACUGGAGAUUCUGUAUCGCCUGAGGAAGCUGUGGCAGAUCUCCGCGGACACCAUGAAGGUCUUCAACGACCCCAUCCAUGGCCACAUUGAGAUGCACCCUCUCCUGGUGCGCAUCAUUGACACGCCCCAGUUCCAGAGGCUGCGUCACAUUAAGCAGCUUGGCGGCACCUACUUUGUGUUCCCCGGAGCCUGCCACAACCGGUUCGAGCACUCUAUAGGGGUGGGCUACCUGGCAGGACAGCUGGUCCAGGCCCUAAACCAGCGGCAGCCGGAGCUGCUCAUCAGCCAGAGGGACGUGCUAUGCGUCCAGAUUGCAGGCCUGUGCCAUGACCUCGGACAUGGCCCUUUCUCCCACAUGUUUGAUGGAAUGUUCAUACCAAAAGUGCGCCCUGGUGCCAAAUGGAAGCAUGAGAAAGCAUCCGUGCAAAUGUUUGAUCACCUGAUCAGAGUGAAUAAUCUGGAGCCCGUGCUACAGCAAUACGGGCUGAAGCUUCCAGAUGACCUAAAGUUCAUCAAGGAGCAGAUUGCUGGCCCCCUGGAGACCCCGGCCCAGCAGAGCCAAGGGCAGGCCCCAUGGCCCUAUCAGGGAAGACCAGAAGAAAAAUCCUUCCUGUAUGAGAUCGUGGCGAACAAAAGAAAUGGAAUUGAUGUGGACAAGUGGGACUACUUUGCCAGGGACUGCUACCACCUGGGCAUCCAGAACAACUUUGACUACCAGCGCUUCUUGAAGUUUGCUCGUGUGUGUGAUGUGAAAGGAAAGAAGCACAUCUGUACCAGAGAUAAGGAAGUGGGGAACUUGUACGACAUGUUUCACACACGCAACUGCCUCCAUCGCAGGGCCUACCAGCACAAAGUGGGCAACAUCAUUGAGACAAUGAUAACGGAGGCUUUUGUGAAGGCUGAUAAGCACAUCCAGAUCCUGGGCUCUGGUGGGAAGACAUUCACCAUCUCCACUGCUAUAGAUGACAUGGAGGCCUACACGAAACUCACUGACCACAUCUUUGAGCAGAUCCUGAACUCCUCGUCCCCUGAGCUGGCUGAGGCGCAGGCUAUCCUCCACAACAUCCUCACCCGCAAGCUCUACAAGUGCGUGGGCCAGACCCAGCCAAAGAAACCCAUGGACGUCACACAGAAUGACCUCCUUCAGUGGGCUGCCGAUGUUGCUCAGGCCACCCCUCUGAGCGGCACGGACGUGACCCUGCAGGCCGAAGACUUUGUCGUCAGCAUUAUUAACAUGGACUAUGGGAUGAAGGAGAAGAACCCAGUCAACAAUGUGCGCUUCUAUUGCAAGAAUGAUCCCACUAAAGCCAUCAAGAUACGAAAAAAUCAGGUCUCCCAGCUCCUCCCUGAGAAGUUUGCCGAGCAGCUGAUCCAAGUCUACUGCAAGAAGACGGACGAGAAGAGCUUGGAGGCAGCCAGGAAAUACUUUGUGCAGUGGUGCAUCAACAAAGAUUUCACCAAGCCGCAGGACGGAGAUGUCAUUGCCCCUGAGCUAACCCCACUGAAGGCCAGCUGGGUCGCUGAAGAUGAGGGUGAUGACGACGAUGACAACGUGAGAUCGGCUUCCAGGAACAGUACCUCAGCUGCAAGAGCCCGACUCUUCUGAACAGGAAAGGAUGAUUUUAAGAGUGGGAGGAACGCGUCAGAGUCAGUGGUUAUGGGAAGGAAAAUGGGUACUGUUCCACAAGAGGGUGUCAGUGAGUCAUAAAGAUGGCAGCAGAACCACUGUCUGAUCAUUCUACCAUUGACUUUUCUCAGGCGGUUAUUGGAGUCCAUGCUUUAUUUUCAUACUUUUAUUUUAUACUUUGUGUUUUCAUUUUUAAGGUGUGCUUUACAGGAUGUCGGAAUGUUGUAGGUUUAGUAUUCAGAAUUGCAGGGACAAUAACGAUCUUGUGGAACUGGAUCAUUAUGUUAGGCAAUUUAUCUGGAGUAGUCACCCUUCUCCAAGUAGUAUAUAUAGAGAGAAGUGCUACCUCCAAAAGCUCUUUGAAUGUGAUUUUAUUUUUCUAGUAAAAAUUUGUUCAGCUGCCUGUAGAGGGCAAAUUUAAGAGACAGCCAAAAAGAAAUGAUAAUUGAUCCACAUUGAAUCUCUGGAAUGA